AUGGAUGGUAACACAGGAGGGGCGGCAGGGGCCAAGCCGCCCAACAUCGCCUUCAUCGUCGCCAACGACAUGGGCUGGAACGACGUGAGCUUCCACGGCUCGGGCCAGGUGCCCACGCCCAACAUCGACGCCCUGGCGCACCACGGGGUGAUCCUCAACGGCCACUACGUGCCGCCAGUCUGCACGCCGUCCCGGUCGGCCAUCAUGACCGGGAAAUACGCCGUCCGGCUGGGCAUGCAGGGCCACGUGAUCCUGGGGGACGAGCACCACGCGCUGCCCGAGGGCAAGAACCUGCCGCAGUACCUCAAGGACCUGGGCUACGUCAACAGGGCCAUCGGCAAGUGGCACCUGGGCCACUACUCCAAGGUCUACACGCCCACCUACCGCGGGUUCGACUCCCACCUCGGCUACUGGAACGCCGGCGUCGGCUACUACGACUGCAUAUUUGCAGACAGGGGUGCCAACGGGUACGACCUGCGCGAGAACCUGACGACGGCGUGGCAGUACAACGGCAAGUACGCGACGGACGUGUUCACCGAGGAGGCGGAGCGGCUGAUCCGGGAGCACGACACGGAGCGGCCGCUGUUCCUCUACUUGGCGCACCUCGCCUGCCACCCCGGGGACCACUCGCAGCUCAUCAACGCCCCGCAGGACCUCAUCAACAGCUUCUCCUACAUCUCGCACCCCGACCGCCGCAUACUCGCAGCGGUGAUGGCGAAGAUGGACGAGUCGGUGGAGCGUGUGGUGACAGCCCUGCACGAGCACGACAUGCUCAACAACUCCAUCAUAGUGUUCGUCGCCGACAACGGGGCGGGCAGCGACGUCAACUGGGUGUCCAACUUCCCGUUCAGAGGCAUAAAGAACAGUCUGUGGGAAGGAGGUAAUGCGUCAGACCUGCCGGACGACCUGGACGGCGUGAACAUGUGGCCGCGGCUGGUCUCUGGAGAGCCCAGUCAGCGCACGGAGAUACUCCUCAACUACGACGAGGUGGCCGAGAACGGCGCAGUCCGCGUCGGCGACUGGAAGCUCGAAAAAGGUGUGCAGAACAACGACUACUACGCCGGGGCGAGCGGCGCUGAGGACCCGCUGUUCACGCCGACCUACGGCCCAGAGGAGGUGCUGGCCAGUCCAGUGGGGCAGGCGCUCUCCAGCGUGGUCGGGGCGUCCUCGGAGGCGGAGGACGUGCUGCGGCUGCGCGCUGAGGCGACCGUGUCCUACCAGGAGCGGCCCGCCCACGGGCUGUGCAACAUCACGAGCAGCAGCGGCUGGUGCGUCUUCAACAUCAGGCAGGACCCGUGCGAGGCGGGCGACGGCGCUCCCGCCGACAUGCCGGAGGGCCUGGUGGACACUCUGCUGGAGCGGCUGGAGACGCUGUCGCAGCCGCUGAUGCCGCAGCCGGGGGCCAACGUCACGCAGACCGACCUGGCCGACCCCAAGCGCUGGAACAACACCUGGGUGCCCUGGGUCGACUGCAUCGCCGACAACGCAGACCCCAUGUGCAACGGCGUCACGUAG